AUUUUAGCUCCACUUCCAGGUGGUUCUCUCAAACAACUGGUUGCUUAUCAGCUCGUGGGUCACACUAUAAAAAUCCCACCAAAAGCUGACGACCAUAUUGUUUGAACCACAGGAGUCUUUUGCUUACCACAACAGACCAGCACAUUCACCACAUCUUAGGACGCUACAGACUCAUCACGAUGAUUCCGCGAAUCUCUAAGCGGUAUGCUAGCACUGCCAAACCUAAACACAAACCUUGGAAGGCUACAAAGGGUAUAACACCACAACGCCAACCCGUAUCACCAGAAGAGCAGGCACGCAUCAUAAAGCGUCGCAUCGAGAAGGCCGAGAGAGACGAACGUAUGGACAUAACCAUGGCAUUGACUCCAGUCAAGACGUACAUGGGAGGUUUUACCCGCCCCCGUGACCUACGCGCUCUGUAUUGGUCAAAGGACGGUCCCUACGAUGCUCAGAAAAGGUCUUAUGAAGCACCCUCUCCUGCAGCUUACACUCCUCACACCGUCUACCUUCUGGAAGCUCGUCAUUUAACCAAGCAUGGUAUAGGACGUGCUGAUUCCCUCGAGCAUAUUGUCGGCGUCUGCCGCGAAUGUGAUUUCCCAGAUGUCCUUGCCAAAUAUAACUCUGCCCAUUCUCCGGCAAUCGAAACCAUGGACAACGCCCGCUGGCCCUGGGUGGCGCAAGCACGUACAAAGCGUGUCAAGUGGUGGAAUCCUGGUGAAGAUCCAAAGGAGAUCGCGAGGGGGGUUACUGAAGACAGCCAAUACAAGGCUGAAGAUGUUUCAGCAUUCAGCGGCGAGAAUGGUGAAGCGGCCGUCAACAAAGGAAGAUUGAUUUUGCCCAAGCUCACCGUGACUGGGAAACAUGUCCGAGCCUUCCACUCAUCAGCCCGUCGUCCCUAUCCCUCUGAGUCUUACAACGAAGAGCACAUCGUUCCCAAUUUUUACAUCAAGCACAAAAGAGAUCGCAAGCUUCAGACGGACAAGCUGAUGAAAUCAUCUGUCACACCUUCUACCACUUCUCCAUCCGCCACUGAUACUGCUGCUGGCCUUGAUGUUGCGGCAGCUGAAGAAGCUGCUCACGAUCCGACCCGACAAACUAAAGCUGUGAAAAGACGCAAGCAUGAGGAGUCUGCACUCAUGGAACACCUCUCCGACUCUAUUCUUGGCGACGACCUUGUGGCCAGUACACGCCGCCUUGUCAGCAAGAUCCCUGUCGAGCACUACGACAAGGACGGCUAUCUUGUGCACCCGAGCGGGUUUGUCGUUCCUGGAAAGGGCCACUCAAGCACCAGUGAUGCUGCACGCGCCAAAGAGCGUGAGAGAGAUGAAGACGAAGAACGCACUGCACAGACAGCCUCCGUAGCUGAACGUGUCCUCGAAUCCGACUUCGAUCAUGUGCAUUCCGCCAUGGCGAGUACGCGCCCGCGUUCUCAUAAGGUUCCAUUUGAAAUCAGGGAGCCUGACGGAACGGUUAAACACCCGAGCGGUUUCGUUCCUCCGACUCCCGCCAACGAGUUCAAGUAUUCUGACAGCGCCAGUCUUGAGCGAGGCCUCGCGGGUGCUAUUAGCAGGCAACGCGCCCGUGAUGCGGACAACAAGAAUUCCGAGACCAUGAAGAGCCGUCGUCUGCAUACCAGUGCUGUUGUGCGUGCAAGCGAGGUAGCGCUUCCAAACCGUCUCAUGCAGCCUGUACCUGCUCCUGAGAUUGCUGAAGCCUUGUCAGGGCUCUCCGAAGGCGAGCCGGACGAUCAUGUUGGUGCUAUCCGCGCCAAAUACCUCCCAACCCUUGCACAAGAGCCUUUUUUUCGACCCCUACUGACGUUGACAGUUUCUACAAGACCCCUUGCCAACAGUCUAGUCCGCCUUUCGCGUGCCCUUCCUCGCGGCCUUCCUUUCUAUGCGUCCAUCUUGCCUGAGGAGCGCAAGUUUUCGGACUCCUUAUCUUCGCGCAUGCGCAACCUCCGUCUGAACCGUAUGCAAGACCUCGCGGUAGCGAUGGCACAGGCGCUUUCUGGCGCCCGUGGUGGCUUCGUAGGCAUCCGGUUCUCUCCUGAUGAACGAGGACGAGGUGUGGACGGGGAGGGUCUUGAGAAGGCUUUGGACUGGGACAAGCGUGUUAUUGGUGUCGGAAUUGGCAAUUGGUUCUCCCGUGCGCAGGAAUUGAAGGAGGGAUUCAAGAUGGCUGCAGAGGAGGAAGUUGUCACUCCGUAUACCUCUGAGGGGGUACAAUUGGACAACGGUCCGUUCAAGUUGUACGGGCUUGACGACUGGGGUAGGCGUAUCUGCGACGAGACGGGCGAGGAGUUUGCGUACCCGUUGAAGUCUGCGCAGGCACACGCGGUCGAGCAAGAUAAUUCUGAUGCGCUUGCGGAGACGAGGGGAGCUGGAGAAACGUAAGGUAGAGUGGAGGCUCGCGAUCGUGAUGAGAUUGUUGGCGAAGGUCGUGUGAGGCAACGGAAUGCGUGAUGUGUUGCACUACAGACGGCUGGUCAUUAAAGAUUGUAUUUGUAUCAUACCCAUCAUUACACUUGUGCUCUUACAGUACCAUUCAAGCAUUUUAUUUACAUUCGUUGUAAAUGAUAUUCACUGAACAGUGCUUUGACAUUCUAAA